AUGUGGAUCUUGGAUUCAACAGGUGGCUUCCUAGACGGGAAGCGAGUGUGGCUGCGACCGGGGAAGAAAUACCUAUUUGGCCGGCCCCCGCACAAUGGCGUCCAUGGUGCUAUAUCCAAAGAAGUGCAGAAUGCUAGUACUAUAUCUCGACAACAUAUGACGAUUGAAGUAUCUAGUGUUACUCCCCGAGAUGGAGCUCGCCCACGCACACGAACGAAAGUUACCAUAACCGAUUUGAACUCUUCGAGGGGAACAACUGUGGAUGGUCAACAAAUAAAGGGCAAUAAGCAAGUCUUGGGUGGUGAUGAGCACAUAAUCAAGCUGGGACGAUAUGCCCAUUCUCUACGAAUGAGAUGGGAGCCAGUGGUUUUGAGCUUUUCCUUCUCUUCCAAGGAAAUGAGGUCGGAAGAUCCUCUGGCCAAAUAUCGCUCUAAAUUAGAGGACCUGGACAUCAAAACAAUUAUACCAUAUUUGGUCGAGCAUACUACUCAUGUGGUUCAGAGCAAGCGCAAUACAGCCAAAGGCCUUCAGGCUUUGAUCAAUGGGAAAUCAAUCGUCAACAACGCUUAUAUCGACGCCUUGGUGUAUGCAACAACUCCCACCGACUUCGAAAGUGACGAAGCCUUGUCCCCACUAGAGGCCGAUUUUGAUGCUGCAUGGCCAAACCCAAAUGAUUAUUUACCGCCAGCUGGAAAUGAACCAAUAUCGCGACCGGCUGCCUCCUUUGCUCCCAACCCAAGUCGAAUCAACGUGUUCGAAGGUUACACUUUCGUCUUUGGAGAUCCUACUCAAUUUGAGAAUCUCCAAGCUGCGAUCAAUAAUGGACAAGGAAAAGCUCUUUUGUAUGAUAUCGAAGACGGCGUCACCACAGCGAAUGAUAUUGUUCGAUUCAUGAGAGAAAGCGGAGGCCAGCUAGACACCACAGAUGCACAAGAUGAACCAGAAAAGGUUGUACUUGUGCGAUUUCGAUCGAAAGGUGAACUAGAACCAUGGUCCAUAGAGGUAAGCAACGAAGUCGCUCUCAUGACCGAUCGGCGGGUGAUUGAGCAGAGGGAAUUUUUGGAUGCUAUUUUGGGCAAUGAUGCAUCUCCGCUUUGUCGCCCUCUGCCCCGCGAGGAAGGAUCAAGCCAGGAAUCGAUCGUCGCGGCUGCUCCAGAACCUCCUUCCAAGUCUAGAUCUGCUGAUGUGGACGAAGCACCUGCUCCAUCCCAAUCUCCUGCCCAAGAACAGCGAGCCCCCACUUCUUCAAAACCCAAGGCUUCGCGGGUACGCAAAUUCGUCAGCAAGAUGAAGACAUUUGACGAUGGCUUUGAUAUGGCAUCCAUCCCAGUAUACAAUGACGAUGAGGAAGAAAGCAACAGUGUGCCUCUGAUUGAGGAUGAGGCUCAGCCCUCUCAAAUGAUUGAGCCCAUGGAAACCGUGGAAAAGGAUGAAGAUAUCGCAGAUGAUCUUGUUCAAAGUCUACUUCCUGGCGCCAAAGCCAUGAAACGUCGCCGAGAGGAAAUUGACCAAGGACGACAUGGGACCCGUACCGCACAAACAGAGCCUGAACCUCGCCCAAAGGCAAAGCGUGCAAAGCUAGAUGUUUUGGAAGCAGCUCGUAAAUACCGCGAAGAGGAAGAAGAGCAAAGGAGGGUUGAUGAGAAUUCUCGCCCUUCUCCUGAUGUUAAUGUCGAAGAGCUCAAGAAUUUGGCCAUCAUUGAAGAGAUGGAAAUACCAGUUCGAGAACCAUUCACUGGAGAGGAAGAAAGCUCUGAUCGAUGGGAUGAUCGGUGGAAUGGUCGCAAGAAUUUCAAGCGAUUUCGACGAAAGGGAGAACCUCGCCAUGCACGUCAACGAAUUCAAAGUGUCAUUGUUCCCCUAGAAGAGGUGACUAGAAAAGACUUUGGAAUUGGUGAGCACUACUGGGUUACUAGUCGCAAGUCGCCCGCCAGGAUCGAGGAGUCGAUAGCAGAGCAGGAAGAUGAAUCAUCCAAUUCCCGCAAUGAAUCCGCCGCUGCCCCCUCCCAGCCACCAGUGGAUCUGACCUCAAGUCCUGAACCAACUCCCGAUCCCCGACCGGUGCCAUCGCGCAGUCGCAAUCAAAAACGCCCCCGUGAAGUGCGGGGGUCUGAUAGUGACGAGGAACUUCGCUUCCGUUUCAGGCGUAAGCGCUAA